UGCGCUGGGCGUUAAGCUGCCGAUGCGCGGCGUCCUCUCUGACAGCCGACGGAGGCCCUACGGCAUGAUGGCGCGGGACUCCAGCGGUAACUACGGUGACAUGUCUGUGCCCUCACACAUGUCCAUGCCGGGCCCGAGCGCCGCCCUGGCUGUCAGUAGCCGUGGCUUUGGUGGCCCUCCUUCUCCUCCUUUCUCUUCUCCCCCUUCUCCUCCUCCCAACGGUGGCGGAUACUCCUACGGUGCCUCUCCUUCCCCUUCGCUUCCUCCUCCUCCCCCUCCAUCUAACGGCGGCAGCUACUCUUACGGCGCCCCUCCUUCUCUUCGUCCUUCUCUCCCUUCUCCUCCGCCUCCGCUCUCUUCUAAUGGCGGACGCUACUCGUACGGCGCCCCGGACCUUCAGGCGGCCGUCUCCAGCUUCGAUGCCCCUGCAGCCGAGGACCCCAUCGCCACCCUGGCCGCCAACAUCCCCGGCGGAGGCGUCCCUGGCGAGGACUACCCCAUCCUGGCCUCCGUCCCCGACACCGGCUUCUCGUGCGAGGACCAGGAAUUCCCAGGCUACUAUGCUGACACCGCCCCGGAGGCCGGCUGCCAAGUGUUCCACAUCUGCCAGUUCGACGGCCGCCACGACGCCUUCCUGUGCCCCAACGGCACCAUCUUCAACCAGCAGUACUUCGUGUGCGACUGGUGGUUCAACGUGGACUGCGCCGCGUCCGAGCAGUUCCGAAGUCUCAACGCUGACAUCGGCAAGAUCCCCGAAGAAGAUAACCUGAACAAUGCGUACGAAAGCCCUAGAAUGCAGUACGGCAUUCCCUUAUAGCAGCAACGACUUUCC